AAAGCUUUUCUACCUCUUUGAUAUAUUGUGUUUUAAGCUUUUUUUUUUUCACUAAUAUUCAUUGAAAACAAUCAUUCUCUCCAAUUUUAAGUCAGUAUAAGCUUACAACUGAAAAGAAAAAUGGCCCAGUUUUUACAGAAAGAACAACAGCACCAGGCUUCCAACAUUCCUGGUUUGAAUCAGCCUGUUGCUAAUGACCAACAGUUAGCCGAGAUUCCUGCUAUUGAACUUGCACCGGUUGAAAUAGAACAAACUUCAGAUGCACCGUUGACGGGUGUCUAUUCAAGUUCUGGUUUCGAUUUUAUCGGUAUCUUGUCAAAACUGGUCAACAGACCCAACCCUCAAAUCAAUUUAGGUCCCGUUGAUAUGUCGUGUUCGUUCUUGGUAACGGAUGCUCGCCGAUAUGAUUGUCCAAUUGUUUACUGCUCUCCCACCUUUGAAUAUUUGACGGGUUAUAAUGCCAAUGAAAUCGUUGGUCGUAACUGCCGUUUCUUACAAGCCCCUGAUGGCCAAGUGACCUGUGGUUCCCGACGUACCUAUACUGAUAAUCAAGCUGUUUUUCACUUGAAGGCUCAAAUGUUGCAAAACAAGGAACAUCAGGCCAGUAUCAUCAAUUAUAGAAAGGGUGGUCAGCCUUUUGUUAAUCUAGUUACUGUGAUCCCUAUUACAAAUGACAAUAACCAGGUUGCCUUCUUUGUUGGCUUGCAAGUCGACUUGGUAGAACAACCCAAUGCCAUUUUGGAAAAGAUGAAAAAUGGUACCUAUAUGGUGAAUUAUCAACAGAUGAACAUCCCACCUUACAUCCCGGGUAGCAACUACAGCUCUGAACCUGUGGAUGAUUACUUCCGUGAAUUGCCUACCACUGCUCCUGCUACUUCAACUCUGGUGUCUCCGGAAAUCUUAGAGCUCGUCAACUGUUCUGGCGAAAAUGAGCAACAGUUACAACAAGAGUGGAACAAGUUACUCUUGGAUCAAUCUGAAGACUUUAUCCAUGUCCUUUCCUUGAAGGGCUUUUUCCUUUAUUGCUCUCGCUCUUCCUCUUAUCUCGUGGAACAUGAUCCUGAAGAAUUGGUCGGCCAUCCCUUAUCCUCCAUUUGCCAUCCUUCUGAUAUCGUUCCCGUCAUGCGUGAAAUCAAGGAAGCUGCCAGUAACCCUGAUAAAGUAGUUAACCUUAUUUACCGUGUCCGUCGCAAGUACUCUGGUUACAUGUGGAUGGAAUGCCAAGGUAAAGUUCACAUUGAUCAAAGCAAGGGCCGAAAGUGCCUCAUUUUAGCUGGUCGUGAGCGUCCCAUGUAUGAGUUGGUGCGUAAGGAAAUGGUGAACGCUUUUGAUAUUACCAACGGCCCUGAAUUCUGGGCAAAGGCUACUCUUCACGGUCUUUUCUUACAUGUCACUCCUACCAGUGAUGAAGUAGUGGGUUUCAACAGAGAUGCUUUAGAGGGUGCUACUCUCUAUCAGUAUGUCGGUGAUAAUAAUGUUCGUGAUAUUACACGGGCUUUGGAGCUUGUCAAAGAAGGUCGUAUCGUUAACUUACAUCACACCAUGCAAAACAACAAAGGUGAUUAUGUUCCUGUCUUCUCCACAUUCUAUCCGGGUGACGUAUCUUUUGGUGUGGGUCGUCCAUCAUUUGCCCUCAUCCAAAUCAGAGCCAAGGAAUCCGACAUCGUCCAAGAACACUCUCCUGUCUUGGAAUCAAUGACUGGAAAGAGCUUCUUACAAACAGAUUCUGAGGAAAACUUGUUCUCAGAGCUUGAAACUGUCAGAGGUACCUCUUGGCAAUAUGAACUUCAUCAACUUCAAAUCGCAAACCGCAAAUUGAAGGAACAACUUGAGAACAUUACUAACCCUAAACGUAGCCGCAAGCAAAAGAAGAAGAGCAAUAAACCUUCUGCUACUGAAUCUGAGAUCCCCAAGAUGUGUGUUGAAUGUCAACGUACUGAUUCGCCUGAAUGGAGAAAGGGCCCUAAUGGUCCCAAGGAAUUAUGUAAUGCUUGCGGUCUUCGUUAUGCAAAGUCUUUGGCUGCGAAGAAGUCGGAUACCACUGCACAACAACAACAUCAUCAUCAACAAAUAACUGCUUAACCAGCUCUACUAAUUCCACAUUUGUUCUGAACAAAUAACAAACAAACAGAAAAAGUUGCUCUAUGAUUCAUACCUUUCAGUUCAAAUAUUCAUCAGAUACCAUUUGAGACCCUUACUUUAUUAUUCAUUCAUCAAAAGUUAUGUUUCUUUUAUUUUUUUAGCUAUUUGAAAACAGUAAAGGAAAUUCCUUCCUAUACAUUAACUUAUAUCAUAUUUCACUUCAUUAUGUUGAUACCAUGAAACGGCAAAUUAUAACUUUUAAUAAAAAGAUCAAUGUCUUUUUUAGCUGCUCAUUUGAAAGCAAUGCAUUUUAUUUUAUUUUAUUUUUUUUCUUUUGUUUACCGUUGGCCUUUUAACGUUUGGAGAAUUUUGAAUCACCACGUACUAUG